UAGCAACUCGCAUUCAUACAUUCAGCCAGACGAGAUUCAGUCAGACGCAGCUUUCUUUAGCACAGUGUACAUAUAUAUAUAUUUACAUACAGCAACGAGGAGAAGGAACAGUACCCACAAACCUACACAACAGCUGACACAUGUCCAAAGCAGACGGUUCGUGGAUCAAUUGGUUUGUUGGCUUGCACUCGAAUGGGUUUCUGUGCCGCGUGCCCUACGAAUUUGCGCGCGACAAGUUCAACUUGACGGGCCUGGAGACAAUGGUGACCAACUUUCAGGACACUUUGGAUGCCAUUCUCAACUCGGAGUUCGAUAUGCAGAAUGGCUUCGAUGCGGACGACUCGCAUCCCGAAAUGGCCGAGCAGCUGUACGGACUGAUCCAUGCGCGCUACAUACUGACGCGGCGGGGCAUCUCGGACAUGUGCCUCAAGUACCAACGAGGCGACUUUGGCGUUUGUCCGCGCACCUACUGCAAUGAGCAGCUGGUGCUGCCGCUGGGCCUGACGGAUCGCAUUGGCGAAUCGCACGUCAAGGUCUAUUGUUCGCGCUGCCAGGACAUCUAUCAGCCAAGCGCACGCUGCGCCCUGCUCGAUGGCGCCAUGUUUGGCAGCAGCUUUCCACACAUGUUCUUCAUGCAGCUGCCGCAUCUGCUGCCCGAGCCGCCCAUUGAGAAGUACACGCCACGCAUCUAUGGCUUUAAGCUGCAUGACCUGGCUCUUCUGCCGCCAUCACCGGAUGAGAGCGACCUCGGCGACUCGACCAGCAAGGAGCAGUUGAAGCAUUUGGAGCAGGCGCAGCCUGUCCAAGACGACAACCGGCCGAGCAAACGACGUUGUAAUUUCGCAUUUGACUAAUUGAAAUGUUCUAAUAAUUCAAAAUUUAGGCUAGUUAUUAAAGAAAAAUGCGUUUUGUUGCAGUGUAUUUGAAUGCAAACACAUCCGACUGAAUUCUUCCGUAACGAACUGGCCAAAUCACAAACA